AACGAUUGUUUGCGACCGCCAUGAUAUCAGCAUAGAAGAAGAAGAAGAGUGGACGUGUAUUUACGGAUGUAGCUAGCUAGCUACUGUUUGUUAACAUAUUUACCUAAAUUAAAUAUCGUUUGCGACAUCAUGAAAUCAUCAUGAUGGUAAAAAUGUAAUAGAAAUCAAAUCAACAGGCGUGGUCUAACAGAACAAGAUAAACACAACGAAGGUCUCCUGAGGUGGUGAAUUGAAGACAUCGCAUAACUGACACCAUGGGGGCCGAGCAAAGUGGUGAUUCGGAGCACAAGCACUCCGACUACAGUUCCUCGGUGGUGCCCUCUCCAGCAAAGCAGAAGGCUAAAAUGGACGACAUUGUGGUGGUGGCUCAGGGGACACAGUCAUUGCGCAACAUCCAAAACGACCCUGAUGUCAUCAAGCUUCAGGAAAUCCCCACUUUUCAGCCCUUGUUGAAAGGUGUGCUGAGCGGACAGAUGUCCCCCAGCAGUUUGUGUCUAGAGAGGCUGGACUCUGCCCAGGUGCUGCAGCUCUGCAUCCGCUACCAGGACCACCUGCACCAGUGUGCCGAGGCCGUGGCUUUCGACCAGAACGCCCUGGUCAAGAGGAUCAAAGAGAUGGACCUGUCUGUGGAGACGUUGUUCAGCAUCAUGCAGCAGCGUCAGAAGCGCUAUGCUAAGUACGCUGAGCAGAUCCAGAAGGUGAACGAGAUGUCCAUGAUCCUGAGACGUAUCCAGAUGGGCAUCGACCAGACCGUCCCCCUGAUGGAGAGGCUCAACAACCUGCUGCCGGAGAGCGAACGCCUGGAGCCCUUCAGCAUGAGGCCGGACGGGAACGCCGCAGCCAAGUAGUAAUAUCCCUGCCUGGGUACGCUGAUACAUUCACUGUCAUGGCCCUCUAGUCUAGCCUUCAAUGCCUCCGCCAUCCCAGAGAGAGUUUUAAAAGCUCUUUAUUAAACCAUUCAUGUUGAACAGAAGCAAGGGAGGGAGGAAAGAAAGACUGCCCAGCCAGCUCCCCAAGCCAUCCUGAACCCUUCACAUCCACAACUUACCAUCCCACCAGCCCUGGACAUUUAGCCCAUCCACUCACCAUAAGCAUUACACACUCUGCAGUCCCCACCCCAUCCAGCAGACAUAGUGAGCUACUGGGAGAGUUACAGCCCAUGCAGGGGUUUACAUGGCAGUGAGUGUUAACCCCCUUCUGUCAAGGAAUUGGAAGACGGUAAAAUAGAAGUUUACAUGAUGAUGCACUGAAGGGAACCUACUUGUAUCUUUGAUUACUGGUACUUUGUAGAUACCACAAAGAGUGUGGUGACAAAAAUGACUUCCAAAAAUGACUGAAUCUCCAGAAGUAAUAUUAAUCAAAGAUGAGCUCAGAAGACUCCCAUAAAAUAACUCCUGGAGCUUGAACUGACAGUGUAUUUUUGUUUGGGGGAUUUCUUUUUUAUUACGCUAAAUUAUUUUGAGUGUUAGCUGAUUGAAUAUGUUGGAUUCUCUGUGAGUAUUUUAAAUGGCUUACAUAGCAGAGAAAUUUUUAUCAUUUCAAUUUAUUGCAAAAUGUAUAAAGGUUCUUUAUACUGUUCCGUUUGAAGAAUCAGUUAAAUAAUCAGAUACUGACCCUCUCACUUGGAUAUGAUGAUUGGUUAUAGGAUAUUGCCAUUUGGUGUUAUAACAUAGUAUAUACACUUAGUGUACAAAACAUUAUGAACACCUGUUCUUUCCAUGACCUAGACUGACCAGGUGAAUCCAGGUGAAAGCUAU